GGGUUUGUUGACGAGGCUGUUGAGGUUGAGUAUUAGAGCUUUUGUGCUUGGAUUGGAUAUUUGAGGCGCCUGACGUUGAGGCUGCUUCUUAAUGAUGCAAGGCUGACAUUGAGAAUUUCUUGAAUUCUCAUGAGGAUAAUCCUUAAGUGUAGAGAUGGAUGGUUGGUGUUGGACGGCGAUGGAAGGCGAAGUCGUCAAAGCUGGGAUAGUUUCUUGAUUUUCAAUUUCAGGUGCCUCAGGACAAGUUUUUUGAGCAGGUCCAAGGGUUUACAUCGCUAAGUUGCUUUCAUCAUUUUAAAUUUAACUUUUGAUAAUCCGGCUAACAGACUAUGCAAUCUAUGUGUUCAAAGUAUCCAGACCGUCCUAAAUUUCAAACCCAGUAGACCGAAGAAUCUAUCAAUCUCGACUCCGACCUUAACAGGUAGGUAGCCUGUAGGAUUAAAUAUCUAUUGAUUUUAUAAUCUCCGUUCUGUAGUUUAAUUACAUAAAUACAUUAAACCACAUAAGCAACAACAGAAUAGCAAAUGUUUGCUGACAAUUAUAUAGCUACAUUGACCAACAAAUAUUUUCAUUUCCAGAAUUUUUAUUAUCCCCAUUCAAUUUGUAAAAAUACAGUUAAUUGUAGAUUUACGACCGUAACUAAAUAAAAACCUUGUUACGGCGCGGGUUGGUAGUUAAAGAGCAUUAUAAAAAUGUUAUCAUUUCCAAUCAGCGCAUCCAAUUCUUGUCGCACGGAGAUUCAAUGAGCGAUAAGAUAAAUAUUUUCAAUUAAAGGAGGAUUCAGCAGUUGUGAGCACGUUGUUAAUCUUAUCCAAUGGCUAGGUAUAGCCAUUUAUUACUGAUUCUUGGUAUCCAUUUUAUUUUUAUAUCUUCCCAGGUAUGCAAUGACAGCUUGGUACCAGUUAUUCUUGUGCCAGGACUCGGAGGUAGCCAAUUGGAAGCUCAACUCAACAAACCAACAGUGAAGCAUUCAUUUUGUAAUUCGAUCACCAACAGGUUCUUUAAUUUAUGGCUGGAUGUAAAGCAACUGCUUCCCGUCGUCAUCGAUUGUUGGAUAGACAACAUCAGAUUGAAUUAUGACGAUUUCUCUAACCAUACUUAUAACCAGCCUGGAGUGAAGAUAAGGGUCUCGGAUUUCGGAAAUCCAAAAGUGGUGGAAUAUCUGGAUUCGAAAUCUUGGUUCCCGGUCGAAGGGUACCUGAACGUUCUAACCAAAGCCAUUGUCGACCUGGGCUAUACCAGGAGUAAGAAUCUCUACGCCGCUCCUUACGACUUCAGAAAAGGUCCAAGCGAACUAGGUAAUUGGUUUGAGGAACUAGAAGAACUAAUUGAAAAUGCCUACCGUAAUAAUACUUCAUCGGUGAUAUUGAUUGGCCAUAGUAUGGGCGGUCUAUUGAUUCAUAAAUUUUUGAUAAAUAAAUCUCAAAUAUGGAAAGACAAAUAUAUUAAAGCGUUUAUAUCACUAUCUACACCGUUUGGAGGUUCUAUGAAGGCUUUGAAGGUAUUUGCUUCCGGAGAUGACUUGGGAGUGUUCUUAUUGCGCCCUGCAAUACUCAGAGAGGUGCUGUCCACCAUGCCAAGUAUGGCAUACCUCCUACCUGUUAAAAAAAUUUGGGGUGAUGAAAUUCUUGUUACAACUAAUGAAAAGAAUUACACAUUAGAUGAUUUAGAACAAUUCUUUAUUGACAUUGGCAACCCAACAGGUUGGAAGAUGUAUCUAAAUGAGAGAGAAUACGCUACUGAAUUGGGACCCCCCGGUGUUGAAGUACGCUGCUUUUAUGGAGAAGGAUCUGCAACUAUAAAAAGGUUGAUCUAUGGGUCAAAUGGUUUUCGAAGAAGUCCAUUGUUGGAAUUUGAAGAUGGAGAUGGUACUGCUAGCCUGCGUAGCCUAGAGUAUUGUAAAAAGUGGAUCACACAACAGAAAGAGAGGGUGCAAACUAAAGUUUUUGAUGAGAUCGACCACAUGGGCGUUAUUCAAGAUAACUUGGCUCUAGAAUCUAUCGUCAGGGCAGUCAGAGAAUUGUCAAACUGCGAAUGAUUAUACAUUUAAUUUGCUCGAUGAGAAUCUUAUUCUUAAAAAAUAUCUGUUUCCUUGAUCAUUGAGCUGUUUAUUAUCCAUGACCUAUGUUUAAUCUAAUAUGUUAUUAGAUCUAAUAUGUUACAAAAUAUUAAUUAAUAUGUGUAUAUCAUUUAUUUUAAUAGCUUUGUACAAAUGAACAAUUAAUAUUUUGUUCUUGUUAUUGUUAGUGCACUCUAUUUAAUAUUACUUAUGUGUUUCAUGGUGUUUGCUUACACUAGAGGUUUUUAUCCACAUCCUCGAAUAUGCAGGAAAAAUAGUCUAUAGUAUGAUUAAUACAAUGAAAUUGGAGAGGAGAGACAGAGAACAUCACAGUAAUAGAGAUAUCAGUUAUUGCAAAUUACUCCAUUUUUUAAGAGAAAACUUCUAGAGACGCGGUUAGCACUAUUUUUGUGGAGAGUGAAUUGGAUUGAGCCGUCAGAUAUCUAAUGUGAACGCUUGGGGAGUCGGCUAAUUGAAGUGUUUUUGCAUAUAGAUUAAAAUAUCUCAGAAAAAAUCAGACCGGCAUACUGGAAAUUGUUCAGCAUUUCAUCCUCUCUGUGAUAGGCUUUUAUUAAAAAUUGUAUCUUUAUAACCAUAUUAUAACGAGUUUCAUUGAUGAUAUGGAUUAAAAUAUCUCAGAAAUUAAAACUCUGACCUGCAUAUUGUAAGCGAGGAAAAGGUUCAACAUUUCAACCUCUUUAUAAUGAGCUCUUAUUUAUAAUUUAUAUUUCAUAUUAUUAAUCUCGCCUUGUUGAUGUCUUAACUUCGUGCGGUCUAAAGCACACACCUUAGUUGUUUUUUUAUCUCUCUUUUUUUAGAUAAAAGAGAGAGACUGGUUAGUUUUGCAGUAGCUAAGGAUCCUGUCGUAGCACUCUGUGUCGUCACAAAAGGAUACACCUUGCGACCUGGAGCUCCAAUGACGGAAUCACCAUAAAUCAGAUAGAUCAUAUUCUGAUAUGUAGGAGAUAUGAAGGAGUCCCAUAUACGGAUUGUGCGUGUACAAAGUAGAGCGAAAAUGACCAUAAUGACCAUGAAAGCUGCUUAAUCUUCCUGGGAGAUUGUCCGGAGAUACAUCUGACAUUUCCAUAGCCACAGGGGACCCAGAAAAGCUGAUUUUUUGGCAUGCUUGCUGUUCAAUGCUGCAUUGGAAUGUGCCAUUAGAGAGUCGGGAAUCAAUAAAUCGUGCCAAAUUCUUGCUUAUGCCGACGAUUUGGAUGUUUUCAGUUUUCAGAGUAUUGAGAGCGUCUUCUUAAAUUCGCAAAAAACAUCCGUUGAAUUUGGACUGCAGGUGAACUAUUCCAAAACAAAGUAUAUGCUAUGCAAUCCUAAAAGAGGCGAAUACUAGGAGGGACUUCAACUUCGAAUGUAUCGAGGAAUUUAUCUACCAUGGCACACUGUUGAAUUUAACUAAUAAUAUGCAAACAGAGAUUCAGAGACGGAUAAUGGUAGCUAAUAAAUGCUAUUAAGGGCUACGGAGACAUCUAAAAAAUAAAAAUAUCUCUGGAAACACCAAGAUACGAAUCUAUAAGACCCUGAUCAAGCCCGUCCUCACCUAUUCAUAUGAGUAUGAUACUGGACGAUGACGAAAGCUCUAGAAUCAGGUCUUUUGAGAUUCGAAAGAAAGACUUUAAGAAGAAUCAUGAGACCUAUGUGUGGGACCUGCGGUGUAUGGAGAUCGAGGAAAAACACAAAUAUUGCAGGCACGAAUAGUAAUGAAGUAACUAAAAUGCUUCUAGAGGAAAAAAAUAUUUGGACAUAGAAGAGUUGGUCCUCUAAGGUCCUCCUCGCAUGCGGUGGGUGGAUUGCGCAGCAGUAGAUGCUCAGAGUUUGUUGGGUAUUAGAAAUUCGAAAGCUGCAGAAAAAAACAGAGAAGACUGGCGGCUCCGACUGAGGGAUUCCUUCACUCUCCAAUGAGUUGUGAAGCUAUACAAGAUGAAGUUAUUUUUUUCUGAGUGAUAAUAUUUUUUAAAUUUUCAAAAAAAAAAAAGAUAAUAAUAUAUUGAGAUUAUACUCAUUUUCAGAUCAUCAAAAAAAUACAAGAUAAUUAUGUCUUGUAAGUCUUUUUUUGAUGUUUUGAAGAUGAGUAUGAUCCCUCGAACUUUUAAAUAAUAAUGUAUUUUUAAUUUAUAAUUAAUUAUUGAUUUAUUUUUGUAUUUUUAAAUUAAAUUAUUUAGAAAGUUUAGUUUACCAGAAAUAAAAUCAAAUAAAUUUAAGGAUAGUGUAACCACAAUAAUUAAUUUUACAUGCAAUAAUUAUUCAAUUUAUACAAUAUAUUUUUAUAAUUCGCUGUGUUUUUUUAAUUAAGUAUAAAAUCUGUCAUAAUUGCUAAACAAUAAUGGGGGUAGCCCUUGCCAUGUACAUGUCAUGACCAGGAGCCCUUUUCUUGUGUUGAAGGAAAUAAAGUUAGAGAAAUAUUUGUGAAUAAUA